AUUAAACUACAAUUCUCUUUUUCUUUUUUUUUUAUUAUUUCCCUUUUUUUUUUUUGUUUUUUUUUUUUUUUGAAUUAUAAAUAUAUUUAAAACAUAUAGUUAUAAUCAUACAUUAAAAUAAUAAUAAUAGUUAAAUAUAUAUAUAUAUAUAUAAACAAUAUAAAUAUAAUUUUGUAUAAUAAAUAAUAGUAAUAAUAAAUAUUGAUUCUUGUCAAUCAAAAAAUUAAAAUAAAAUGAAUAUUUUUGGAAAAAAGAGUCAAACAUUUAAACCAAAAAAGAAUAUACAAGAAGGAUCAAAACAAUAUCAUCUUAAACAAUAUGCUGAAGCAACAUUAGGUAGCGGUAAUCUUAAAUCAGCAGUUUCAUUACCAACUGGCGAGGAUAUAAAUGAAUGGUUAGCUGUAAAUACUACAGAUUUUUUUAAUCAAAUUAAUAUGUUAUAUGGAACAAUUACAGAAUUUUGCACACCAGCAGAUUGUCCUGUCAUGUCAGCAGGACCAAAAUAUGAAUAUCAUUGGGCAGACGGUACAACAGUUAAAAAAGCAAUUAAAGUAUCAGCACCAGAAUAUGUAGAUUUUUUAAUGACAUGGGUACAAUCCCAACUCGAUGAUGAAAAUAUUUUUCCAUCAAAAAUCGGGGUACCAUUCCCAAAGAACUUUCAAUCAAUCGUUAAAACCAUCUUCAAACGUUUAUUUAGAGUUUACGCACAUAUAUAUCACUCUCAUUUCCAAAAGAUUGUUUUAUUAGGUGAAGAAGCCCAUCUCAAUACCUCACUUAAACAUUUUAUCUAUUUUAUUCAAGAGUUUAAUUUAGUUGAUAAAAAAGAAUUAGGACCACUCAACGAAUUAAUUGAAAGUUUAAUGAAGACUCCAUAAAUUAAUAAAUUUAAUAAUAUAUAAAUGUAAAAAAAAAAAAAACAAAAAAAAAAAAAAUAAUAAUAAAUAAUAAUAGACACAUCAUAGAAUUAAUAAUAAACAAUAAAUAACAAUAAUAACAAUAAUAACAAUAACAAUAAUAAUAAUAUUAUAAUAAUAAUAAUAUAGUCAUAUAUAUAUAAUAAUAUAUAUUAAUAAUUAAUUUUGAUUUUUUUUCUUUAUAAUCAAUCAAUUAAUUUGUAAAUUAUCUAGCAUUUAAUUUUUUUAAAAAAAAAUAAAUAAAAUAUAAAAUUU